AUGUCUAUCCACUCAUCCAUCUCCGAUGCCUCCAACCCCUUCGUCGGUCCGGACCCUACUGACAUUCGCGACAUCAACAUCCAUGACCGCGGUCCCGUGAUCCUCGAUGCCACCAACUCCACAUACUACACGUGGAAGACCUAUUUCUCGCUCCUCUUCGGCGAGAACAAUCUCGUGGAUCACGUCGACGGCACCGUCGACUCUCGUGCCAUGGUGGAUGACUCUGAGUGGACCGCGAUCGACGCUACGCUCACCCAGUGGUUCUUCACCACCAUCUCCAAGGACCUAUUUCACAAGGUCGAUGAUCAAUCCAUCGAUGACUACUGCCGCUGCCUCAAGACAUUGUCGGAUGAGCUCCGUGACAUCGGCGCCAAGAUUGAUGAUGAUAUCCUCCUUAGCACGCUCACCGCCGGCCUCAACAAGGACUUCGGCAACGCCACCGCCAACCUCACCUUGACGCCAGAGCCCUCCUUCCCCAAGUUUAUGGCGUACUUGCGGUUGGAGGAGCACCAGAUGAAGCAUGUGAAGAAGCGCGUGCAGCAUCACGCCAUUGCCGCCGGCACCUCUGGUGGCACUCCACCACCACCCGCCCUCCUCAUGCCGCGGCAGCUGCCGCCCCCACGCCCUCGGGGUACUACCCCCUCCCGCUUGCGGCCCCCGUCCCUCCCGCUGCACCCCAGCAUCAGCCGCAAGGCGGCAGGCGGCGCCGCAACUGCCACAGGGGCAGGCGCUCCAAGUAGCAGCAGACACACGGGGGGGGGGGGGGCUUCUCAACAGCAUCCCACUCCGCCGUGGACUUACGGCACCAACCCAUGGACUAGUGUCGUCCAGGCAUACUCAAUGCCGGUCCCCCGGCCUCCCACCCCGGCCAUCCUCGGGUCUCGCCCGGCGAGCCACCAGGCGUACCUCGCCGUCCCCGACGCCGCCCCCUACCCGCCCUUCCUGCACCACCGGUCGCGGCUGGCUAUGGAGCCGCUCCAGCGCCCACUUAUGGCGUGUUCUACCCACCCCAGGUGCCGCCGCCGUGGGUCCCGCACUCCUCGCCGCCUUGCACUUGGCUCCGUCACCCAGUAA